GCGCGUGCGCAGGCGCGCCGUGCCGGAGGUGCGGAGGCGCGGGCGGGCGCGGCGGGAUGGCGGGGCCCAACGGAGACCCGCACGUGUUGGGCGGCGGCACCGGCGACGAGGGCGACGAGGGCGGGGACACCUUCGAGGAGGAAGGUGCGUGCGGGAGAGCGGGGCCGCCAUCGCGGAGGGGAUCUCGUGGCGCAGGAUGGCCUGGCCUGACCCCCCAUGGCUGCGGGUGGCAGAGCGCAGAAUAUGCAGCAAUAAACUCCAUGCUGGACCAGAUCAACUCCUGCUUGGAUCACCUGGAGGAGAAGAAUGAUCACCUCCACAUCUGCUUGAAGGAACUGCUGGAGUCCAACCGCCAGACCCGGCUGGAGUUCCAGCAGCAGAGCAAGCAGCUGAACACAGGAGCUGAUGUGCAGGGAUCCCAGCCUCCUGCCUAGGGUCUGACCACACACUCUCAGCUGGUGUUGCUAAGUGAACAAACAGUUCCUGGUCACCAAUUUAAUGUAAAACUUGAAUAGCAGAGGUGCCUCAUGUCAGUUACUUGUUCCUUUCUGUAUUUGUAUCCUGCCAUUCAUCUCCAUGUUGUGUUUUCCUUUAGCUGUGAGACAGAUGCAGAAGCACAAGGGUGUGUGUAGGGGAGCUGGGUCUUUCUGCUUCCCAGCAUGAGCCUGGCACUCACAUUUGGUUAAAGCUGGUUGUAGGAAACCUGAGCCCAUGCAGGUAGUUUGCAGGCAGGCCCUCUUCACAGAGUGGAAAAAUUAUCUCUGCUCUCUUUUCCUUAAAUCCAAGCAAGAAGCAUUAUGGCUCUUACCCCUUUGGCAGGGGCUGUUCUGACUGCAGGCUUGUCCCUAAAGUGUAACUCUGAUGACAGCCCUGCAGAGGGAGGCUCUUAAAGCUGCUGCCUUCAAGCUACAGCUUCUCCCUUAGUCACAUUAACUGUGAUGUACGAAAUACUGGCAUAUGGUUCCAGAUCACUGAACACUUCCACUGCAUUCCAAGCAGAUAAAACAAGCUGCCAGGGUGAUAUAUCUGACCGUUGUAACUGGGAGCUGCCCCACUCCUUCAGCUGCCAUUAAGGACCAAGGUGUGGAGAGGCAGAGCAGCCUGGUUAGCCCCCACCACAGCAUCAGCAAUAGAGAGCAGCGUGUGCUCUGUACAUUCUGACAAGGCACGAGAGACCUGGUCUGUACUUUGUGAUCUUGUCAGUAUGUCCUAGAGCCAGCACUUUUGAAGCAAGUCUUACUGUUCUACUUAUGUAGAGUUAAAGGAGUUUUUUGGAAAGUUAAAGAGGUUAUUUAAAAGAAAUCUGUUUUAUUAAAAUCAGUUUGAAACAAA